CCGGGCCCUUCCCUGGCUAUUAAGGGAGCUGCCCGCGCCUGGGCUCCACCGCGCCUUCCACCUGCUCAAUCCACCGUUCUCCUCUUGCUUGGGAUCUGCAGCCUCAGCUCCGCUUCAAAUGGACCCCAACUGCUCCUGCAUCCCUGGUGGCUCGUGCAGCUGUGCUGGCUCCUGCAAGUGCAAAAAGUGCAAAUGCACGUCCUGCAAGAAGAGCUGCUGCUCCUGCUGCCCUGUGGGCUGUGCCAAGUGUGCCCAGGGCUGCAUCUGCAAAGGGGCAUCGGACAAGUGCAGCUGCUGUGCCUGAUAUCAGGCAACGCCUGCUUCCAGAUGUAAAUAGAAAGAUGUAUACACACCUGGAUUUUUUUUUCAUACAACACUGACCCAUGUGUUAUGAAAUAUUUGAAUGACAAUAAACUCAUCCAGACGAUUCUGA